CUCCUGAACUGUUUUCCUUUCUCCUCCUCCUCCUCCUCGCUGGCGGUCCAGACGGUCCAGACUGUGUGGAGCUGUGACACGUAAACUUUGUCCGUCAUUGCCCACGCAGGACACCUCCACCUGGGGCAGGGAGAGCAGUGAAAAGACGCCCCCUGUCCCGAAUUAAAAAAGCAACUUUUUUGUAACACCAUGGAGGCAACAGACGCUAUAGCAGGAGCUUUUGUUGGCAGUGAUGGAGAAGGAAAUGCUGCAAAAAGGGCUGCGACACCUAAAGCAGUAAAAUUACAGACUAAAAGCCGAAUGGAGCGGAUCUUUGGGUUCAAGAAGGAGGACCUGAGCUCCUGGGAAAGCCUUGUGGCCCUCCUGAACCGUCCCACUGACCCUGCUUCUCUGGGCAUCUUUCGUUGCUUGUUUGGUCUGCUGAUGGCUAUAGACGUCACACAGGAGCGGGGUCUCAGCCAUCUGGACUACAAGUAUCUGGAUGGAGCCCCCGUGUGUCGCUUCCCCCUUUUUAACUUCUUGGAGCCCCUGCCGCUGGAUUGGAUGUACAUGGUGUACCUGGUGAUGUUCCUCGGGGCUGUGGGCAUCAUGCUUGGUUGCUUCUACCGCCUCUCGUGCCUCAUGUUCAUCUCGACAUACUGGUACGUCUUCUUCCUGGAUAAAACCGCCUGGAACAACCACUCCUAUCUCUACGGCCUCAUCAGUUUUCAGCUCACACUCAUGGACGGCAACAGAUACUGGUCAGUAGAUGGACUGCGGAGGCCUUCUAUUAGAAAUGCUCACGUGCCUCUCUGGAACUAUACCCUACUGAGGACACAGAUCUUCAUAGUGUACUUCAUCGCUGGAGUAAAAAAACUGGAUGCCGACUGGGUGGAGGGAUACUCCAUGUCAUAUCUGGCUCACCACUGGCUUUUUGAUCCUUUUAAACUGAUUCUUCCUGUGGAUUUAGUCAGUCUGCUGGUCAUACACGGAGGUGGUCUCAUUCUGGACCUGACUGCUGGCUAUCUGCUGUUUUUCGACGCGACGCGGCCGAUCGCGCUUUUCUUUGUGUCGUACUUCCACUGCAUGAACUCUCAGCUUUUCAGCAUUGGGAUGUUCUCCUACACCAUGCUGUCCACCAGUUCUCUCUUCUGCUACCCGGAUUGGCCCAGAAGAUUCUUCGCCCGUUUCCCGUCUUUCCUCAGUUCGAUCCUGCCGUUUACAUCAUCAGAGCUCCAGCCCAGCACCUCCUGCGUUUACCCCGACAGCCCCAGCACCGAACGACAGGAGACGCAGAACGUCGCCAAACCCUCCAAACUGAGACUUAAACACAAGCUGGCAGCCAUUUUUACUCUUCUCUAUAUAAUCGAGCAGUUCUUCAUGCCUUACUCCCACUUCAUCACACAGGGUUACAAUAACUGGACCAAUGGUUUGUAUGGCUACUCCUGGGACAUGAUGGUCCACUCCCGCACCCAUCAGCACGUCAAGAUCACCUACAAAGAUGGGAAAACUGGGGAAGUGGGAUAUCUGAACCCGGGGGUGUUCACACACAGUCGUCGCUGGAAAGAUCACGGAGACAUGCUGAAGCAAUACGCCACGUGCCUCAGUGGUUUGUUGCCACGCUACAAUAUCUCCGAUCCCGAAAUCUACUUUGAUAUCUGGGUGUCGAUUAACGAACGCUUCCAGCAGAGAAUAUUUGACCCACGUGUGGACGUUGUGAAGGCCGAAUGGUCGCCGUUCAAACCAAACCCAUGGCUGAUGCCUCUGCUGGUGGACCUCUCACCCUGGAGAGCAAAGUUCCAGGAGAUCGAGGGCAGUUUGGACAACCAGACUGAGAUCGUCUUCAUCGCCGAUUUCCCAGGCCUCCACUUGGAAAACUUUGUGAGUGAAGAUCUGGGCAACACCAGCAUCCAUGUGUUGCAGGGGCAGGUGAACGUGGAGGUCGUGGAGGAGAAAAAGAACCACACUCUGCAGCCUGGUGAGCAGACAAAGGUUCCUGCGGGGGCGUAUCAUAAAGUGUACACCGUGUCCGACGUCCCGUCCUGCUACAUGUACGUUUACGUCAACACCACAGAGGCGGCCCUGCAGCAGAACUUCACCAAGCUGCUGGAGCUGCAGGAGCGAAUACGCAACGGAACAGAAACAGAGCCUCUCCCUCCUGAGCUGCAGCCUCUCAUGGCCGCAGACGACGACGAAAAAGCCGAGGUCAACGCGACCGACCCGGUCGUCAAGCUGUUCCUGAAGAGGCAGCGUCGAAUGAAGGAGGUGAAGAAACGCAGGGAGGCUGGCAUGGCAGAGCGCCUGGAACGCUUCACUGUUAAAAAGUACUACACAGUACGCAGGGGCUUCUUGAUGACGGCCAUCGCCGUACGGAACCUGCUGUUCGGUCUUCCUCCUCUGGAUCAGCUGAGAAGAGAAGUCGACUUCGCCAACAUGAAAGAACCGCAAACAGAAGACAACCAGGACGAGCCGCUCAAAGAUGAAGCUGGCCAUGGAGAACUUUAAAAGACAAGCUGUUGCUACAAAAGUAUCAUGUUCGUGUGUGUGUGUGGUACUACUGGACUGUUACUGAAUGGCAUCCGACUACAGAUGGAUGAAAACAUUCUUAAUUCUUAUUUAGGUCCUCUGAAAUGUUAACGUUUCAGUCAGAUCUUGUACAUUUAUGAUGGUGCUCACAGCUUUGAGGCAUUAUAUCACUUGAAGGAAGAUUUUCCUUUAGCGUGUUGAGUUGUGAGUGAUUUGUUUACAAUGAUGUGAAACAGGUGAGAGUGUGACUGAAUGAGUUGUAUCUGUCGGAUGGUUCAGAUCUGGUGAAGUGGGUUUUUUCUGACAGGUUGCAAAGAAUGAAUAUCUUACCGGUUGCAGAUAGCUCUUUGCCUCUCCAUUCAAAGAUGCAUCUAUUACAGGUAUUGUUUGUUUAUAAUCUUAUCUGGACGAUUGCUUUAAUAUUUCAGACAAUGAGAUGGUUGGCAGUGUUUCUUUAAAACAAUGGAAUACAUAAAUUAUUAUUUAAGUAUUUCAUUAAAAAAAUCAAAUCUGA